GUCUGGAUGUUGAUGGCAGGACAAGGGGGCGUCUGGACUAUGGGCGACGUGGUAGAGAAGAGUUUGGAAGGGCCCCUGGCACCUCCUACAGAUCAACCCUCCCAGAAAAGGGGAGACCUGGUAGAAAUCUUAAACGAGGACAAGGCAAAGUUUGACGACACGGGACUCUCCUUAAUUCUGCAGAAUGGCCUGGAGACCCUCCGAGUGGAAAAUGCUCUAACAGAUGUCAUCUUGUGUGUGGACAUUCAGGAAUUCUCCUGCCACCGCGUGGUGCUUGCUGCAGCCAGCAACUACUUCAGGGCGAUGUUCUGCAACGACUUAAAGGAAAAGUAUGAGAAGAGGAUCAUUAUCAAAGGGGUCGACGCCGAGACCAUGCACACGCUCCUGGACUACACCUACACCAGCAAGGCCCUGAUCACCAAGCAGAAUGUCCAGCGGGUCCUGGAGGCUGCUAACCUCUUCCAGUUCCUGCGGAUGGUGGAUGCCUGCGCCAGCUUCCUCACAGAAGCCUUGAACCCAGAGAACUGUGUUGGAAUACUGAGGCUGGCAGACACACACUCCUUGGACAGUCUAAAGAAGCAAGUUCAAAAUUACAUCAUCCAAAACUUUGUGCAGAUUCUGAACGCCGAGGAGUUCCUUGAGCUUCCCGUGGACACUCUGUACCACAUCUUGAAGAGUGAUGACCUGUACGUGACGGAGGAGGCCCAGGUGUUUGAGACGGUGAUGAGCUGGGUCCGGCACAAGCAGCCCGAGCGGCUCUGCUUGCUCCCCUACAUCCUGGAGUACGUGCGCUUGCCGCUUCUGGACCCGUGGUACUUUGUGGAGACGGUGGAAGCGGACCCUCUCAUCAGGCAGUGCCCCGAGGUCUUCCCGCUGCUCCAGGAGGCCAGGAUGUACCACCUUUCCGGCAACGAGAUCAUUUCUGAGCGCACCAAGCCCAGGAUGCAUGAGUUCCAGUCUGAGGUGUUCAUGAUCAUCGGCGGCUGCACCAAGGAUGAACGGUUUGUGGCAGAGGUAACCUGCCUGGACCCCCUGAGGCGCAGCCGCCUGGAGGUGGCCAAGCUCCCGAUGACGGAGCAUGAGCUGGAGAGUGAGAAUAAGAAGUGGGUGGAGUUUGCAUGCGUGACAUUAAAAAAUGAGGUCUACAUCUCAGGUGGCAAAGAAACACAGCAUGAUGUUUGGAAAUACAAUUCUUCGAUCAACAAAUGGAUUCAAAUUGAGUAUUUGAACAUAGGCCGCUGGAGGCAUAAGAUGGUGGUGCUGGGUGGCAAGGUUUACGUGAUUGGAGGUUUCGAUGGCUUGCAGAGGAUCAACAAUGUGGAGACCUACGAUCCCUUCCACAACUGCUGGUCAGAGGCUGCACCUCUCCUUGUCCAUGUCAGUUCCUUCGCAGCCACCAGCCAUAAGAAGAAGCUCUAUGUGAUUGGGGGAGGGCCCAAUGGGAAACUGGCCACGGACAAGACUCAGUGUUACGAUCCUUCAACCAAUAAGUGGAGUUUAAAGUCGUCCAUGCCAGUGGAGGCUAAAUGCAUCAAUGCAGUGAGUUUCCGGGACCGCAUCUAUGUCGUUGGCGGGGCCAUGAGAGCGCUGUACGCCUACAGCCCGCUGGAGGACAGCUGGUGCCUGGUGACGCAGCUCAGCCACGAGAGGGCCAGCUGCGGCAUCGCGCCCUGCAACAACCGGCUCUACAUCACCGGCGGGCGCGACGAGAAGAACGAGGUCAUCGCCACCGUGCUCUGCUGGGACCCCGAGGCCCAGAAGCUGACGGAGGAGUGCGUGCUGCCGCGGGGGGUGUCGCACCACGGCAGCGUCACCAUCAGAAAGUCGUACACCCACAUCCGGAGGAUCGUGCCCGGAGCCGUGUCGGUCUGA